CCCUGCGCCAUUCCCCACUUUGCACCAGUUACAUUUCUUCAUUCAUAACUGUUAAUGUUUCUUGCUUCCAUUGCCGUUCCCAUCUCUCUUUACUCCUUUCUUCACAUGGGUUUUACUUGAAAUCCCUCAAUUUCCAAUGGGUUGUGUUAUAUCCAAGCAAACAGUGUCUGUCACGCCGGCGAUUGAUCAUUCCGGCGCCUUUCGCGAUUAUUCAACAUUCUCAAGUUCAAAUCGGAGCCGUCGAAGUGGGAUAGAUGGAUUUGAGGAGAAAAGGAAAAAGAAGAAGAAGAUCGAAUCGUGGGUGAAUAAUGAGAACGAUGUUACUGAUUCAAUAAGCUUUAGGUUGGGGAAUUUACAAAAGUACGUUGAAGGAGAACAGGUCGCCGCCGGCUGGCCGGUUUGGCUCAGCACUGUCGCCUCUGAAGCCAUCCAUGGCUGGUUACCCAUUUCCCCCGAUUCGUAUGAAAAGUUGGAGAAGAUUGGACAAGGAACAUACAGUAAUGUAUUCAGAGCAAGAGAUCUAAAAACAAACAAGAUUGUGGCUCUAAAAAAAGUUAGAUUCGACAAUUUAGAACCCGAAAGUGUUAAAUUCAUGGCACGAGAGAUCACGGUUUUACGCAGGCUUGAUCAUCCCAACAUUAUAAAACUAGAAGGCUUAGUAGCAUCAAGAUCAUCUUGUCAAAUCUUCCUUGUUUUUGAAUACAUGGAACAUGACAUUUCUGCUCUUUUAUCUUCACCAAAUAUCAGUUUCAAUGAAGAACAGGUUAAAUGCUACAUGAAGCAGCUCUUAUCUGGGCUUGAACAUUGCCAUUCUAGAGGAAUAAUGCAUAGAGACAUUAAAGCUGCAAAUCUUUUGGUUAAUAAGGAUGGUUUGCUGAAAGUAGCUGAUUUUGGAUUGGCUAAUUUCGUUAAUCAGAAUCGGUUUGGUCAUAAACCAACGCUAACUAGUCGGGUUGUGACUCUUUGGUAUCGACCUCCUGAACUCUUGUUAGGCUCCACUGAUUAUGGUGUUACUAUUGAUCUGUGGAGUGCUGGCUGUGUUUUUGCUGAACUUAUGAUUGGUAAACCGAUACUUCAAGGCAGAACCGAGGUUGAACAAUUACACAAAAUCUUCAAGUUAUGCGGUUCGCCUUCUGAAGAUUAUUGGAAAAAAUCGAGAUUACCUCACACAGCAAUGUUUAAGCCACAGCAUCCUUACGAAAGUUGUCUUCGAGAGACAUUCAAGAAUCUUCCUGAAACUGCUGUGGAGUUGAUAGAAACAUUGCUGUCUUUUGAGCCGCGUAAAAGAGGAACAGCUGCUUCAGCCUUGGUAUCGAAUUACUUCUCAAUGAAUCCAUGUGAAUGUGAUUCGUCGCCUUUACCAAAAUAUGUUGAUUUAAAUCGUCGUCAAGAACAAGAACAACCUAGGAACAGAUCGGUUCCAGAACUUUUGGGAUCAAGUGGAUUUGCAUGGGCAAAAAGACGAGUGAAAGAUUCAUCGGUUCCAGCCAAAAGGAACGAUAAUAUCAUGAUUCAAAGGAGUCGAACUAAGCCAAGGGAUAAAGUUUCGAUUCAUACAAUGGUUAGACAAUUAGGAUGGCCUGAUUCUUACCAUUCACAAGAAUUAUCUCAGGAUUUAUAUCAAAGACGCAAGAGAAUUGGAUCGGUAAAAUUUAUGUUUGGUUUUUAAUGUUGUAUAUUGACAUUCAUCGAGUUUUUAUGAGGCGGUUAUUGCUCUUAUUUGGAUGCAGAUUGAUCCGGUUGAAGGGCGAAAUAUUGAUUAUUCCCGACAUUUUUUUGAAUUUUAGGAAGCCCUCUUGGUGUUUUUGUCACUCGAACUAUAUGUAUAAAUUCAAUAUCUUCAAUUCUUCAUAUAAAAUGAA